GUCCACUCACUAUUCGCCAUUUCAGCAGCAGAAGAGAGCCCUGCCCUGAUUCUUCUUCUCCGACGCGCGUGCUUUCUCAGUCGUCACCUCUCCGAAAUGCACUUCUCGAGGGUUUUGUUGGCCCGGCGCACGGUGUUGCAGCGGUCUCGGUCUCCACUGUCAGCUGCGGCGAAAGGCGGCAAAACGGACUGUGGAGCAACUCACCACCGCCACUGGGUGGGCUGCCAGAGCGCGCACGGCGGUGGACCGUAUUCGCCUAAUGCUGGGGCCAUAUAUAUAUCUAUCUAUCUA